AUGACGUGCGAUGAGGCGGCCCUCGAGCCGCCCUCUUCCGCUUUGAAUGUAACUGCAGAUACGUGCCUGGAGGAAAGGAAGUACUGGUGCUUUCUUCUAUCCAGCAUAUGCACCUUCUUGGCGGGUUUGACCAUCGUGUUAGUAUGGCGUCUCUUUUCCUUCUUGUGUUGCUCGAAGGAGGCCGAGUAUGGCCCCAACGACCCCAAGCAGAAAGAGCAGAAGGCCGCCCGACAGGGCAAGCAGGAGUUCGAGGGGACCUUCAUGACCGAGGCCAAGGAUUGGGCGGGAGAACUCAUCUCUGGACAAACCACCACCGGACGCAUCCUGAGAGAAUUUUUAGUGAUAAACCAUAACUGCAGCAAUACCGUGAAAUCCGCAGGCAGGCAUGAACUUACUAAACAGUCGAGACGAAACGGCAGCGUGUUCUAUCAGAUCAAUAGACGUUCCAACUCCACUCAACUCCGUUAUGGAUUCUGCAGGAGCUCUCUGCUGUAG